UAUUAAUGAUGUGGCUGUGACGGGGGAAAACUCAUUCUACUUCACAAAUUUCUUAAGUUCCCGAAGUCAAAUUUGGGGAGCGUUUGAGAUUUAUCUAAUGUUACCACUUGGAAGUAUUUCCUACUUUGAUGGGAGUUAUUACGAAACCGUGGAAGAAGGCUAUUUAAUGCCAAAUGGGUUGGCAUUAUCACUUGACAAAACGUACUUAUACAUGGCUACCUCUAUCAACGGUGCAAUCAAAGCGUUCAAGAGACAGGGAAAUGCAGGGCAGCUUAUAUUUGUACAGGAAGUGAAGUUGUACACAUCUGCAGAUAACCCGACCAUCAAUCCCCUGACUGGACAUUUAUUGGUGGGGGCCCAGCCAAUCCUCUUUAAGACCGCCCACACAUUGGAGGAUCCACAUUUACCCAGUGCAUCACAGGUUUUACACUUUGAGCUAACUGAUGGAAUCCUGUCUAAAACAACAGAGCUCUACGCCAAUGAUGGGAGUGUGCUUUAUUCGUCCACAGUUGCCUCCCUUUAUGGAAAUCAAAUGUUGAUUGGAACCAUUAACCAAAAACUUCUGUUCUGUGAGGUGAGAACCAUGUAGAGGUUCAGCAGACUCCAGGACCCAGGUGCUCAGACUAAGAACCAAAAAAAUAAGGAUUCCAGUAUGCAGAAAGAUAUUUUUUAAUGAUUUUACAAGAAAUUAAUGCAGUCAAAUUUCACAAAAAUUGUUCGGGUAUGAACAAGUUGUAUUCAAUUUAAUACAUUUUACAUACCACUUAUUGAAAAAAUGUUUUACUUAAGAAUUAUGAAUCUGUGAUUGAUUUGAAUUUUCAUUUGUUAUAUUUGCCAUAUUAUUUUCUUUCAUAGCAUGUAUACCACUUUGAUACAGUCAUGUUACUAAAGCAUGAUUAAAUUAAUUAUUUAAGCAUAAUAAUAAUGAGCGAAUUUGAAAUAGAAAAGCCAUUUUGGUGGGGCACUGGUUGGUCUCUCGAUGGCUACAAUAUUGAUGGCAUAAAUGGAUAUGGAAAUUAGUCAUAUACAAUCCUUUGAAUGACACGGUCUAGUUGGGCAUUGCAAUAUUAAUGAAUAUAUUUAAUUUGAAGUUGUGAUUGAGGAAAAACCUGCAUCUUUGUGUAAGAUAUAAUUUCUCUUACACUCUACAUGUAUAUCUUUAUGUAUUCUCUUUACACUGGACAGUUGUGUCCACACAUUUUCUCUUACAUUCGACAGGUGUAUCCUACUGGACAGGUGUAUCCUACUGGACAGGUGUAUCCAAAAACAUUUUUCUUACACUGAAUGGGUGUUUUUUUUGUGUGUUUUUUUUUACACUGCACAGAUGUAUCAACACAUUUUCCAGUAGGAACUUUCUUUAUCCUCACUUAUGCAUUCCAGUUUGUAGGAUAUACACAGUGUAGGUCUCAUGCUAUCAUGUAGGAUGAUUCUAGUGAAAAUGUGUUCGGUCAUAUUACUAUUUAAGUAUUUUGAACUUUUUUUUUUAAAUCUAAAAUGUAUAUAAUCAAUAUAUCUAACUAUUGAAUGUGUGAUCAGGUGACUCGGUGGUAACACACUCCCUUUCUCCAGAAGUGACGUGGGUUUGACUCUCGAAUUUAACGGGAAAAUAAAAGGAACACUGUUAUAUGGGGUCACCUGACCAUGUUGAUUGUCUCCUGGUUCUCCGAUUUCCUCCCGCAGUAAGACUCCUGUCCAUGCUUUCAUCCAUGUCAACAUUAGUGAUUAUUACGAGUUGUUUUACUAUUGUUAAAUAAAUUGUUUAUUUGUUAAGUAUGUUGGCUGAUUUCAUAUGAAAUUAACCAAAGGAUCGUUAAACCUAUUAUUUGUUGCUAGAUUACUACACAGCACUGCUGUUAUUUGUCCGCGUCUUCACGUGGGUGUUUAGGCCAAAAAUGUAUGAUUUUAUGAUACCUAGUAGUUCAAUUAUUUUUGUGAUUUGGAAUUACAAUUCAUGUCUAUUUAGGUUACAUUGUUUUAUUUUUACACCAAAUUAAUGAUCUCUAUCAUAACUAACAUAAAGAUACACAUACAAUAAUGCAUGUUGUGUCUAGAUAAUGUAUUGAAUGUAUCAAAGGUUGAAUGAUUGUGAUUUUACUUAAGUUUAUAUCAUUUUACAUCUGCAGAAAAUACCAUAUCCAAGAAUUCAUGUUCAUCUUUGAAGGUCUAUAUAUACAUGUAUAUAUAUAUAUAACUUAGCAACACAUGACGAAGGAAGACAACUUGUUUUCCUUCGUCAUUUGUGUUGCUAAGUUAUAUAUCUAUUUAUUAGCACAAUGUAUCAUAUACACUAUGUGUUGGUGAUCCGAAGAUAUAGAUUUGAAUUUCCUGUCGUAAUUGUACCGAGAGAAAUAUAUACAGUGGACGAAGACUUUCUAUCCUAGUAGCUUCCCAUAACGACUAUUGCCCAGCUUCCUCUGACCAAACACCAGAGGCAAAGACCUCAAUAUAGCUGUCCAUCAAAAUGGCUUACAACUGUGUAUGUCUGGUGUUGGGUCAAAGAAAAUUCUGUCUACACUUUAUGGAUGAAUUUGUUUGUCAAUUGUUUUACUGGUAUGAUUACACUAGAUACGACAACCAUUAAUAUCAAUUGUUAUAACAUAAUCCCUGUGAUUUGUAAUGAAGAUCUGGGUUAAUGUUAGUUUGUCAGCAAACCAUGACAACAUGAACUUUGAUAAGCCUAGCUCAUCCAUACUAGGGGCAUAUCACUAUUGUAUGACUUUCAUAUUUGCUCAAGUCUUCUGUUUACUCGAUGACUCAUAACCUUGUCAUCAACAGAAAACUCUAGCAUAUACAAAGCCAUAGGAUGAGCCCCUGUGAUUCAUCCAUCAUAUAAAUGAAUGCAAAAUCUGUGACAUCUGUAACAUAUAUUUUGGAACUGCUAAAUCUGUGUUUUAAUUUUACAUUGGGAUGUAUUAGAUGAUGUUACCACAGUGAUCAUAUGGUCAUACUGUAGGUGUUUAGCAUGCUCAUGACAUAAUCUAUAAAUAUUGUUUAGCACACUCAUUAGUCAAAGACCAAUUAUAUAAUAUACAUGAUGUAUAGGGCAUUAUCUCUUUAACAAAUGACCGUGAUUAACACCUAUAAUCAGAUGUUAAAUAGGAGUUUGUGAGUGUACCUAGAAUUUAUCAUUCCAUAUUGUAUGUUGUUUUUUUAGCCAAGAUUUCCCUGUGAUUUAUCCCUGUUAAUAUAUUUUGCUUUUUUCCAAUAAAAAAGAUUUUUACCUUUCGUUUUGGAUUUUAUUGUUGUUUGAACAGAAUCAAUGCAGCUAGUAAUUAUACCCUUUUCAUAUUCAUGUGGGCAACAUUUAGGCCAUUAUAGUAGUAAACAUCUUAAAACGGAAGACAGUGUACAAAUUGUGUAUUCAAUCUUUAUUUCCAUAGUAACGAAUAAUUCACAAUGAUAAUGAUGAUUGCCGUAUUUUACCUAAUAAGUGCACUGUGUACUAACAAAAACACCAAAACGGUGUGCUUAAUGAACUAUGUACAGAAAAAAAGUUUCCACAGGAAAUCUGGAUG